AUGACGGCUAAAGAAGACUACAGUUCACUUGUUCAUGGCCUAUGUAGCCUGGAGUUCUCUGGAGACAGCGUUCCCUGUCAGCUUCUCCUGACUGGUGACACGGCCUUUCCAGUGCUAGUGACUCCAGCACAACAUGUCCUCCUGGCUGCCUCUAAGUAUGGGAAGGGUAAAAUAGUGGUCAUGAGCCAUGAGUCCUAUUUAAACCAACCACAAUUCAUGGCUUUCCUGAAGAAUGCUAUAUCCUGGCUGAAACCAUCUGUGGGAGCAGUAAUUGGUAUUAACAGCACACUAAGUCUCCUGGAGCAGACUCUCUCCUCCUCUGGACACAGGGUAGAAAAGGUGUCUGGUCUGAAGAAAGAUCUAGGGGUGUUCUGUACAAUUGGAUAUGAUGACAGCCAGGCACAGGAUAUUGUCACAUUCUUGAGAAAAGGUGGAGGUGUGCUUAUUGGAGCUCAAGCCUGGUACUGGUCUCACUGUAACAAACAGGAGAACGUCCUGUAUAAUUUUCCUGGGAACAAAAUGACAUCAGUUGCUGGAGUAUAUUUCACUGACAAAUAUGGAGAGAAGGGGACCUUCUCUGUGAGUAAGAACAUACCGUGGAGCCCAGUGUAUACAGAUGUAAAUUUUUCAGAGGAUCUAAAGCAUCUCAUGCAAGGUGUUAGUGACCUGGACAUCAGUGGUGAAGCUUCGCCUUCAGACCUUCUUCUUCAUGGGCCUCUAACAUUUCCAGUUGGGGUCAGCAACAACAAUCAAUGCUUUUUUGGUGCUGCCUACUUCGGCAAGGGACGCAUUUUUGUAGGGACACAUGAAACCUACCUCUCCAAACCAGAACUGAAGACCUUUAUUCUCAAUGCUGUUUCUUGGUUGAAUAUGGGCCGAAAUGGAAAAAUUGGUGUUCAUAAGGAACUGGGAAAGCUCCUCCCUGUUUUACAAAAUGAAGGUUUAUCUUGUGUGGCUUCUGACUUGAUUCAUGAUCUCAGUGUGUAUUGCUGCACUUCUUACAGUGAUGCAGAAGCCGAAAUGAUCCAGCAGUUUGUAGCAGAAGGAGGAGGCCUGCUCAUUGCUGGCCAUGCCUGGUACUGGUCUUACUCCAACCCAAAUGUGCUUUCCCAGUACCCAGGAAAUAAAAUACUUAACAAGUUUGGCAUUAGUAUUCUAGCAGAGACAGUUAAGGCAGGAGUUUAUAAGGCUUUGGACCCCAAAGCAGGUAAUAGUACAUACCACUUUCCUAGAGCAGUCUGCCAGCUUCUGAGCAUCCUGAAGAAUGAGGAUGAACUUAAACCACCUCUCAGCUCUUGGUUGAGCAAGCUUAGACAGGAUGCCAUUUCUUUUUUGAGGCUUCCAGCCAGCCCUCUUAUCUCAUCUCUACAGCAAGAACUGGUAAAUUUAGUAAAAAGGUGUCAAUUACCCACUGUCAGUAAACAAUGUCCUGUGAAAAACAGCUCCAAUGAGGCUUUUAUCAUUUCUUUGGUUCAAGAAGUCAGCUGCCUUGAAUGUCUGGAUGACCAGGGAGAAGGUGACAUUGAUUUAUUGAACCAGCAUCCUGUUACAGUACAGAUUGAUGCCACAAACCCAGGUGCUGAUGCAUGGAGAAGUACUGGACUCUUUCUGCCCCCUGGGAAAACUGCAAUACUAAUGUUUCCAGCACCAUCUGCUGGGAAAGGUCUCCAGGUUCAGGUUGGCUGCCACUCAGAUGACCUAAGCAAAGCAGAUGAGUUUUGUCGUGCUCCUGUGGUUGUUCAUAAAAAAGAUGUUCUUGGAGAAAAAGUGAAAAUAUCCUCUAUAUGGGGAGGUCUUUUAUAUAUUAUUGUUAAAGCACAAAGCCAUCUGGGUAUGGUUCCAGUUUCGGUGUAUGGAGCAGAGCCUUCUCCAACAUUUAUUAAGGGUCAGACUAGCCUCUCAUCAUGGCUGCAAACAAUUCGUAACUAUCCAGCUCCUUGGGCUGAGCUUAUUACAGAAAACAUAAUUCUUACUGUACCCUCUGAAGCCAUCCGCUCACUAGAAGAUCCAGAAGCUUUGAUGUCUCAGUGGGAUAAGAUUAUGGCAGCUAUUGCUGAUCUAGCUGUGAUUCCUAAGAAAUUUCCCCGUCCAGAGAGAUUUGUGGCAGAUGUGCAGAUUUCAGCUGGAUGGAUGCAUGCUGGAUAUCCAAUUAUGUGUCAUUUAAAGUCAGCAAAUGACCUGACUAGUACUAUGGCUACAUGGUGUGUGAAGCAAGCUGAUCUUUGGGGACCAGUACAUGAACUUGGCCACAAUCAGCAAAGAAAGAUGUGGGAAUUUCCCCCUCAUACCACAGAAGCAACAUGCAACCUCUGGUCAGUCUAUGUACAUGAAACCAUCCUGAAUAUUUCAAGGGAUCGAGCCCAUUCUGAUCUAGAGCCAAAAAGAAGGGAAGCACGAAUCAAGCAAUAUUUGAAGAAUGGAGCCAAGUUAGAAGAAUGGGAAGUGUGGACUGCUCUGGAGACCUAUCUUCAGUUACAAGAAGGCUUCGGAUGGGAUCCCUUCAAGCGUCUCUUUGCAGAUUACCAGACAAUGUCAAAUGUCAGCAACAACAAGACAGAUAAGAUGAAUCUUUGGGCAGAGAAGUUCUCUCAAGCUGUCAAUAAGAACUUGGCUCCAUUCUUCAAGACUUGGGGUUGGCCCAUUGACCAGACAACCAGUGGGAAGUUAUCUGCAUUGCCUGCCUGGGAGGAAGAUCCUAUGAAGAAAUACACCAGCUCUAAGUAA